CCUGCAGAAGCCGGCAUUCCUCGGGAGGCCAUGUUCCCCGCGACCCUCGCCAGCUCUCUCGCUGUGCCCGACCGCCAGGCUAUCGACUGGCCAGGCCCAUCUUUGGUCUUUAACCCCAAGCGGCUGCUCUCCCGGGUCAGUCACCCCCACUCCCGCAGGCCAGCAAUCUGCGCCUGGGAGUGGGGAGGGAAUUCCGGACCCUUGCCAGGAAGUAGCACCUGCACCCGCACCCCUGCCUGCAUUCCCAGACAGUCCCAGCUUCAGGUGCCCACCCCAGAGAUCUGAGCCCUUGGAAGUUGAAGGUGGGAAGUCGCCUCCUGCCAACCUAGGCCAGGGACAGAGGGAGCUGCCUCCGGGAGAAGGGUUAGGACUGACGCCACAGGGGUUCCCAGUUGUCCCAGUCGAAUAUUCCAUGUGAAAGUUGGAACACCCUCUCCGGCCCUACUCCCCACCACUUCCCAGGCAGGCAGCUGUGCCUCAUCCCCACUUCACGGCUCUGAUCACUGGCCAGGUCAGGCCAAAGCAGGCUUCGGACAGUGGAGUUACUCUGAUGGACACAAGCAAGGCACAGGGAGAGCUGGGCUGGCUGCUGGAUCCCCCAAAAGAUGGGUGGAGUGAACAGCAACAGAUACUGAAUGGGACACCCCUGUACAUGUACCAGGACUGCCCAAUGCAAGGACGCAGAGACACUGACCACUGGCUUCGCUCCAAUUGGAUCUACCGCGGGGAGGAGGCUUCCCGUGUCCACGUGGAGCUGCAGUUCACCGUGCGGGACUGCAAGAGUUUCCCUGGGGGAGCCGGGCCUCUGGGCUGCAAGGAGACCUUCAACCUUCUGUACAUGGAGAGUGACCAGGAUGUGGGCAUUCAGCUCCGACGGCCCUUGUUCCAGAAGGUAACCACGGUGGCUGCAGACCAGAGCUUCACCAUUCGAGACCUUGCGUCUGGCUCCAUGAAGCUGAAUGUGGAGCGCUGCUCUCUGGGCCGCCUGACCCGCCGUGGCCUCUACCUCGCUUUCCACAACCCAGGAGCCUGUGUGGCCCUGGUGUCUGUCCGGGUCUUCUACCAGCGCUGUCCUGAGACCCUGAAUGGCUUGGCCCAAUUCCCAGACACUCUGCCUGGCCCCGCUGGGUUGGUGGAAGUGGCGGGGACCUGCUUGCCCCACGCGCGGGCCAGCCCCAGGCCCUCAGGUGCACCCCGCAUGCACUGCAGCCCUGAUGGCGAGUGGCUGGUGCCUGUAGGACGGUGCCACUGUGAGCCUGGCUAUGAGGAAGGUGGCAGUGGCGAGGGAUGUGUUGCCUGCCCUAGCGGCUCCUACCGGAUGGACAUGGACACACCCCAUUGUCUCACGUGCCCCCAGCAGAGCACUGCUGAGUCUGAGGGGGCCACCAUCUGUACCUGUGAGAGCGGCCAUUACAGAGCUCCCGGGGAGGGCCCCCAGGUGGCAUGCACAGGUCCCCCCUCGGCCCCCCGAAACCUGAGCUUCUCUGCCUCAGGGACUCAGCUCUCCCUGCAUUGGGAACCCCCAGCAGAUACGGGGGGACGCCAGGAUGUCAGAUACAGUGUGAGGUGUUCCCAGUGUCAGGGCACAGCACAGGACGGGGGGCCCUGCCAGCCCUGUGGGGUGGGCGUGCACUUCUCGCCGGGUGCCCGGGGGCUCACCACACCUGCAGUGCAUGUCAAUGGCCUUGAACCUUAUGCCAACUACACUUUUAAUGUGGAAGCCCAAAAUGGAGUGUCAGGGCUGGGCAGCUCUGGCCAUGCCAGCACCUCAGUCAGCAUCAGCAUGGGGCAUGCAGAGUCACUGUCAGGCCUGUCUCUGAGACUGGUGAAGAAAGAACCGAGGCAACUAGAGCUGACCUGGGCGGGGUCCCGGCCCCGAAGCCCUGGGGCGAACCUGAGCUAUGAGCUGCACGUGCUGAACCAGGAUGAAGAACGGUACCAGAUGGUUCUAGAACCCAGGGUCUUGCUGACAGAGCUGCAGCCUGACACCACAUACAUCGUCAGAGUCCGAAUGCUGACCCCACUGGGUCCUGGCCCUUUCUCCCCUGAUCAUGAGUUUCGGACCAGCCCACCAGUGUCCAGGGGCCUGACUGGAGGAGAGAUCGUAGCCGUCAUCUUUGGGCUGCUGCUUGGUGCAGCCUUGCUGCUUGGGAUUCUCGUUUUCCGGUCCAGGAGAGCCCAGCGGCAGAGGCAGCAAAGGCAGCGUGACCGCGCCACCGAUGUGGAUCGAGAGGACAAGCUGUGGCUGAAGCCCUAUGUGGACCUCCAGGCAUACGAGGACCCGGCACAGGGAGCCUUGGACUUUACCCGGGAGCUCGAUCCAGCGUGGCUGAUGGUGGACACUGUCAUAGGAGAAGGAGAGUUUGGGGAAGUGUAUCGAGGGACCCUGAGGCUCCCCAGCCAGGACUGCAAGACUGUGGCCAUUAAGACCUUAAAAGACACAUCCCCAGGUGGCCAGUGGUGGAACUUCCUUCGAGAGGCAACUAUCAUGGGCCAGUUUAGCCACCCGCAUAUUCUGCAUCUGGAAGGCGUCGUCACAAAGCGAAAGCCGAUCAUGAUCAUCACAGAAUUUAUGGAGAAUGGAGCCCUGGAUGCCUUCCUGAGGGAGCGGGAGGACCAGCUGGUCCCUGGGCAGCUAGUGGCCAUGCUGCAGGGCAUAGCAUCUGGCAUGAACUACCUCAGUAAUCACAAUUAUGUCCACCGGGACCUGGCUGCCAGAAACAUCUUGGUGAAUCAAAACCUGUGCUGCAAGGUGUCUGACUUUGGCCUGACUCGCCUCCUGGAUGACUUUGAUGGCACAUACGAAACCCAGGGAGGAAAGAUCCCUAUCCGUUGGACAGCCCCUGAAGCCAUUGCCCAUCGGAUCUUCACCACAGCCAGCGAUGUGUGGAGCUUUGGGAUUGUGAUGUGGGAGGUGCUGAGCUUUGGCGACAAGCCUUAUGGGGAGAUGAGCAAUCAGGAGGUUAUGAAGAGCAUUGAGGAUGGGUACCGGUUGCCCCCUCCUGUGGACUGCCCUGCCCCUCUGUAUGAGCUCAUGAAGAACUGCUGGGCAUAUGACCGUGCCCGCCGGCCACACUUCCAGAAGCUUCAGGCACAUCUGGAGCAACUGCUUGCCAACCCCCACUCCCUGCGGACCAUUGCCAACUUUGACCCCAGGGUGACUCUCCGCCUGCCCAGCCUGAGCGGCUCAGAUGGGAUCCCGUAUCGAACCGUCUCUGAGUGGCUCGAGUCCAUACGCAUGAAACGCUACAUCCUGCAUUUCCACUCGGCUGGGCUGGACACCAUGGAGUGUGUGCUGGAGCUGACCGCUGAGGACCUGACGCAGAUGGGAAUCACACUGCCCGGGCACCAGAAGCGCAUUCUUUGCAGUAUUCAGGGAUUCAAGGACUGAUCCCUCCUCUCACCCCAUGCCCAAUCAGGGUGCAAGGAGGAAGCACGGGGCCAAGGUCACUCAUGGUCACUCCCUGCGCCCCUUCCCACAACCUGCCAGACUAGGCUAUCGGUGCUGCUUCUGCCCACUUUCAGGAGAACCCUGCUCUGCACCCCAGAAAACCUCUUUGUUUUAAAAGGGAGGUGGGGGUAGAAGUAAAAGGAUGAUCAUGGGAGGGAGUUGAGGGGUUAAUAUAUAUACAUACAUACACAUAUAUAUAUUUUUGUAAAUAAACAGGAACUGAUUUUCUGCCUCCAUCCCACCCAUGAGGGCUGUAGGCACUACAAAA